AUGAAAUUUUCAAUCGCUUUACUUUCAGUUAUUGCAGCUGCUCUUGCUAACAACGUCGAUGUCGCUACUGUCUUGAUGAAUGAUGUCCAAAAUAACAUGGAUGAAUAUAUUGGUUUAGUUGGUGGUACAAUUCCAAUCCCACCUGAAUUAAUCGAUUAUUAUGCUAAAGUUGCAACUUAUACUGAUGAUUCAUACACUUCAAUUUUAACUGAUUUCCCAGUUGAUAAGAUCAAACCACUUGUUACUCAAUUACCAUGGUACUCUUCAAGAUUGGAAUCCAAAUUAGAAGUUGCUUAUACUCAAGAACACGGUGAAGCUGCUUCAUCUGCAGCUCCAUCAACUUCUCAAUCUUCUGCUGCCCCAAGUUCUUCUGCUGCUCCAGAAUCUUCAUCAUCAGCUGCCCCAGUUCCAUCUUCAUCAUCUGAAGCACCAGUUUCAUCAUCCUCUGAAGCUGCACCAUCUUCAAAAGCUUCAACUUCUCAAUCAUCAUCUGCAGCUCCAGUUUCAUCAUCUGCUGAAGGAUCCUCAUCAAAAGCUUCAUCAUCAACCACUGUUGUUUCGAGUGUUCAAGAAUCAUCAUCAUCAGUUGCUCAAGUCUCAACAUACACAGGUGGUGCUAACAAUUUGAAUAACUAUUUACCAUUGGUUUUAGCUUCCCCAUUAUUAUCAUUCUUGAUCUAG